AUGGCAUCAAACCAGGGCAUGGCGUCUAUUGCUAUAGGCGCUCUAGGCAUUCUACUCAUUUCAAGCUGUACUGUUCCUGCACUACUCCGCAUAAUCCGGCGAUUCUUGCAUGUCAAAGAAAGGCCCCCAAUUCAACUGCCCGGAGGACAUGUUUUUGACAGACCUGGCUAUGAGGAUAAGGACGGGGAGGCCAGUGAUGAGGCGUUGAAAGGCUUUUCGGAUCUUUGGCAGAGACUAGGGAUAGCCAUUCUAUCAUUCACUGGGCUUGGGAUAUCGCUGGCACAAGCCAUCCUGUCCAUAACAAAGGGCCAACAUGUCUUGAUUGUUCCCUUUUGCCUGCAGAUGGGGAGCUGGGGAGUUCUAUCCGUACAAACAAUUGGCUUCUUCAUUGAGCCGGCACCUACCAAGCGGUACAUGCUUGGAGUAUAUGGAUUCGGGGCUAGCAUACUCGCCGCCAUAACCCCCUGCUUAGAGAUUGGCUUGGUCUGGAAUACUGGGUAUCGCCUAGAUGCCGUGUCGGUGGGAUUAGCAAUAAGUCAAUUCGGAAUAUCCUUAUUUCGGGCUACACUCUGUCUUCUACUUCCCCGCCGCCCGAACGUGUACCAUGAUGGCCAGAUUGUCGACCGAGAGCGAACUGUGAGUGCUAUGGAACGGUUCACAUUCAGCUGGGUCAACGAUCUCUUGGACCAUGCGGUCGCCAAUGAAGGUCUGGAGAUCGAUGAUCUCCCCAAGAUGCCGUUUGAUACACGCUCGGAGACUCUUCAUGCACAUCUUGAUCGUACGCGUGGUUCACGGGCACUCUGGCGGGCCCUCGUGGUGGCACACCAAAAGUCACUCAUCCUCCAGUCAUCACUUAGCAUGAUUAUCUGUGUGUUAAGUUUCGGCCCACAAGCAGCGAUGUACGGAAUAUUGAAAUCGCUCGAGAACCGCCAUUCCAACCCUGACGAGAGCCCAAAGGACGUUAAUGAGGCAUGGGCCUGGGUGUUUGGGCUGGGAACCGUACUCAUCAUCUCAUCCAGCAUCGAAUCGUGGCUUUGGUGGAUCAUAUAUGCAAAGCUUUGGAUCCCGAUUUACGAAGGACUUUCAGCACUCGUGUUCGCUAAGUCAAUGAGGUGUAAGGAUGUCAAGCAGCUUGUAUCGUUAGAGGAAAAGGAAGGGGAUGACCACGAUGCAGACGAGCCGCAACAGGAUGUCGUCAGCCAAAGCCCUAUCAAUCUUGCUUCAGUGGACUCCAAACGCAUUGCAGAUUUCGUCAUGUUCAACUACUUGAUUCCCUCAUCUGUCAUCCGACUGCUUAUAGGAGGUGUCUUCUUAGUCAAUCUCAUAGGAUGGCCGAGUUUGUUGGCCGGUGUCGCAACUGCUCUUCUUGUGGCCCCUAUGAACGCCUAUUUGACGAAGAACUACUCCACGGCACAAGAAGAAUACAUGAAGGCAAGCGAUAAACGAAUGGGAGCUGUAGGAGAGGUUCUUCAUGGGAUCCGCCAAAUCAAAUUUGCAGCAUUGGAGCAGCAAUGGCAGGAUCGCAUUAGCGAAAAGCGCCGCGUUGAAUUAGGGCUCCUCUGGCAAACCUCACUGUAUACUAUUGGCAUGGUGUCGGUGUGGAUUAUGGGACCUCUAAUGCUGUCUGCCGUCUCAUUGACAGUAUAUACUCUAACUCGUGGCGAGCUUUCCGCUUCCGUUGCGUUUACGACUCUUUCCAUAUUCGGCUCCUUAGAAUCAGCCAUGGCAAGCUUGCCUGAUUUACUUUCGAAGGGAAUGGAGGCCAAGAUUAGCGCGGAUCGCAUCGAACAAUAUCUGGACUCGUCUGAAAAGUCCCCCCAUACCUCUGCUGUCGACAAGAUUUCCUUUCACAAUGCGACCAUCGCCUGGCCUGGCGAAGAAGGGGCAGAGUUCGACCAGCGCUUUCUGCUCCGAGACCUCACCUUGCAAUUCCCUCCCAAGGGUCUCAGUGUAAUAUCCGGAAAGACUGGCUCUGGGAAAAGCUUACUUUUAGCCUCGAUCUUAGGGGAGUGUGAUGUCUUAUCUGGGACCGUGGCAGUACCCCAUGCUCCCUCCAUAAGCAGGAGAUAUGAUCAGCGAGCCACUCGCCACAACUGGAUUAUUGACUCGGCCAUCGCAUAUGUUGCUCAGAACCCGUGGUUGGAGAACGCCACCAUCAAGGACAAUAUCCUUUUUGGUCUUCCGUACGAUCGCUAUCGUUACCGCAAAGUCAUUCACGCCACAGGGUUGAAAAAAGACAUCGCAAUGUUUCCAGAUGCCGAUCGGACGGAUAUUGGUGCAAACGGAAUCAAUUUGAGUGGUGGUCAGCGCUGGCGCAUUUCAUUUGCGCGUGCUCUGUAUUCCCGUGCCGGAAUUCUAGUUAUGGAUGAUAUAUUCAGUGCGCUUGACGCUGAGACUGGGCGCCACGUGUAUGAGCAUGCCCUUAUCGGCAAGCUAGGCCAUGGCAGGACCAGGAUCCUGGUCACGCAUCAUCUUGGCUUGUGUCUGUCUCGGACUAACUACUGUGUUAUCCUAUCGGACGGACUUACGAUUCAUGCUGGGACAGUAGAUGAACUGGCAGCCACUCAGAAUCUGAUAGACUUGUUGGGCGAAUCUGCCAAGUCAUCAAAUGGUCGCAAUGCUGAUGUGGUAGACGACGAACCUGUGACACCGAUAACACCGAUGAAGCGCGUAUCUACCGAGUCAGGCUUCUCAGUAGCAACAAGUGUCGCCGAGCCUCCAAGGAAGUUCACGGAAGACGAGAGGCGCGAGAAAGGAGCCGUGUCCCUGCAAGUGUACACAACAUAUAUGACCAAGGGGAAAUGCCUACGCUGGUGGAUGAUAACGUUUUUGGCUUAUGUCGCAUUUAUGGCGCUUUUAGUCGGAAGAUCUUGGUGGAUAAGUGUUUGGACAGACUCGUCCACAUCCUCAUCCCAACCGACCCAUCCGAACGGUGCCAUCCAAUCUCAAACAAUGGAUGUCAACAGACGUUUUGUCGACAAGGACUCCAUGUUCUAUCUCAGCAUAUAUGUAUGCUUUUCGGUAGCCGCAUGUAUCAUUGGAACUCUGAGGACUUUGGCCCUUGCCCUUGCGUCUCUGGAGUCUUCCCAGCGACUCUUUGAUGACCUAUUGGCAGCUGUAUUGCGCUCACCGCUGCGGUGGCUAGAUACGGUGCCCCUCGGCCGGAUCCUCAAUCGAUUCACAUCUGACAUGUACAUUCUUGACUGGAGGCUCGGUUAUGACAUUGGACACUUCGUGUUCAAAGCUCUGGAGCUGACUAGUAUACUAGCAGCAGGAGUGUUGGUAUCCCCGAUACUGCUGGUGCUCGCCUGUAUCCUCCUGGUCCUGUGCUUUAGACUCUCCAAGAUUUACCUCACAGGAAUGCGUCAGAUUAAACGACUCGAAAGUACCGCUAAAAGUCCUGUCCUGGAACGAUUUGGGUCCAGUCUCUCCGGUCUGACCACGAUUCGAGCUUUCAACAAAGCAGAGAUCUAUAUGAAAGAUAUGUACGAUCGCAUCGAUCGUCACGCUCAGGCGGCGUGGUACCUCUGGCUUUUAGACCGAUGGCUAUCAUUUCGGAUGAGUAUUGCGGGAGCCGUGCUGGCCGGGAUGACAGCAGCUCUGGUAGUGUACGUUCCCAGCAUCACUCCGGCACUGGCAGGUUUCGCUAUGACAUUUGCGCUACAAUACAAUUAUGCCGUGUCGAUGGGCCUGCGCUUCUAUGCAAAUGUGGAAACAGACAUGAACGCUACUGAGCGGGUGUUGGAGUAUUGCAACAUUGACCUCGAGGAGCAAGGGGGGCAUAACCCGCCAGCGGCAUGGCCCACGCGUGGAAAGGUGGAAGUUGAGAAUCUGGUUGUGGGCUACGCCCCAGACCUGCCUCCUGUGAUUGAUGGGCUAAGCUUCACUAUGGAGAACAACCAGCGAGUGGGCGUUGUUGGACGUACCGGGGCCGGAAAAUCAUCGCUAACCCUGGCAUUGUUCCGCUUCCUCGAGGCCCGACAAGGGCGCAUACUCAUUGAUGGGCUGGAUAUCUCGCAAAUCAAGCUCGAAGCUUUACGCAGCCGUCUUGCCAUCAUUCCACAAGACCCAGUGCUCUUUUCGGGAACGCUGCGGUCUAAUCUGGAUCCAUUCAACGAGUAUAGUGAUGUGGAACUCUACAACGCGCUAGAACGCGUACAUCUGGUCUCGUUCGAGGAUACACUGACCCUGGCGUCGCAUUCGAGUAGCGAGCCACUGAGCGACAGCGGUACACUGCCGUCAUCCGCCAACUCGGGCACAGAGCCAGUCAAAACAAGCAACUUUUUCGCGUCACUGUCAUCAGUCGUCUCUCAGGGAGGGCUCAAUCUCUCCCAAGGCCAACGGCAACUACUUUGCCUAGCGCGGGCCAUAGUCUCCCAACCGAGGAUCAUGAUCCUGGAUGAGGCCACCUCCGCAGUGGAUAUGGAGACUGAAACUUUGAUUCAGCGGUCCAUUCGGGAAGAGUUUGGACGCAAUGCUACCUCGCUCCUUGUCAUUGCGCACCGUCUCAGCACAGUUGCGGAUUUUGAUCGAAUCCUCGUGAUGGACGCCGGAAAGGCCGUGGAGUUUGGCACACCGCAGGAGUUACUCGACAUCGAAGGAGGUGUGUUUCGAAAUCUGGUGGAGCACAGUGGAGAGCGAGCACAUCUGGAGCGAGUCAUCAAGGGAGACGAGACAGGGUCUCGAAGCCCUUAG